CAUCUGAUUGGUUACCCUGUACAGCAAGUCAAAACAAAUAGAUCCCAGAUAAUGGAUCGGUACGGGACCCGUCAACAUACUCCGAGACAAUAGAUGGCAGUAUUUGUUUUUACAUUGCUACCUAUAAUAAUCAAGAAGAAGAAGAACUUCGCAACGGCCUUAAUUGAACGAUAUAGGUAGGGGGAAAAUGUCGAAAACGUGUCCGGAGUUGCUGAGAGAAGCAGCAAAUUUGAUCGAAGAAGCUCUUAGAAGAACUCCGACAGCUCCGGCAGCCCCGUUAUCGCAGACACUUACUGCUCCAUCAUCUACACCUGUUGCUUCAUCGCGUACACCUAUACAAGUCGAGAUGGCAAGGCUCUUUGCUCCGUAUAAUGUGAAUUCGAGAAGGAAUACAGUGAGACGGACAACACAGAGCCAAGUUAGUCGAAGAAGCUACACCCACACCUUCUGUUGUUUGGCUGACCACAAGGCUGAUAAAGUUCCAACCAUUUUACUGAAAGAAGACCUCCUUGCUUCAGGACUUGGAGAGCAAAAGGUUACAUUUUCAGGGAAUGACACCGAUCCGAUGGUUGUAACAAACAAACUGAUCGAAGUGUUUCCAAAGCUGCAAGAAGGGGGAGGCUUUGAAUUUCUAAAAGUUGCAGGAUCUACUCGCAGUCGCAAUAUUGCAUUGCUUCAGUGUCCUAGCACUGGAUACACCCUUGCCUAUCUGAAAGAUCCAUCAACAAUGAUUGGACAGGCUACAAUCUACAUACGUCCUCUUCAACAGGACCUGCCCUUGGAUUGUGAGAACUCCGGUCCGGCCUCUGGUCCAGUCAUGUCCUGCAUCACUUGUCAGAAGGAAGUUCCCUUCUCUGAAAUGAGAAUACAUAGGGCUAGGUGUGAUGGGUUGGCCAUGCAGGAAGCAGACAGAGAACGAGAGGGGGGCCCUGCUGAAAACAGAGAGUCAGCCCCUGUUAGUGACAGGAUUCCAGUGAGGCCUGAAACAUCAGCAUCAUCUGAGGAACGUGCAGUUGUGCUGUUCAUGGCUGCCAUUGAAGAGGUUGAUCACAACGAUUGGAAGCUUAUUAAAGAACCUGCUCAAGCGGCCAAAGUUUUCAUAGAGAAUCUGCUGAGUGAACAUGCAUCUGGGAAACCACUCCAGCUGAGGAUGGAUUUGUGGGAUUUUGAGGAGGACAGGGAACGGGCGCUUCUCUCAUUCUAUAAACAGCAACAGGAAUGGGCAUGUCCACUUCACUGCACCCUUGAUGGGGAUACUGCUAUUGGACAGGGAGUGGUGCGCUACUUUCUGACAACAGUGAUAUCCAAGCUUCAGUUUGGAUUCAGUCUAAAUCUUGGAGGAACAGGCCGAACUGUGCUCUUUGAGGGUGAGCCUGACCACCUUGUUCCUGCAGCAUCAGAGGUACUUAUUGAGAGCAACCUCUUCCAAGUUGCAGGGAGAAUGUUAGGCCACACCUUUCUGCAUCAUGGCCCCCGUGUCACAGGAUUAAGUCCAGCUGUAAUUCACACACUGUUCAAUGGGGACCCUGAAAUGGCAACAAUUGUUCCAGAAGACUGUCCUGAUCUACACAUCAGGAGCAUCAUAAAAAUGCUUGAAGUUGAAGAACUUAGUCAGGAACAGCAAGACACUGUCUCAGAUCUUUGCAUGUCUUGGGAUCUCCCAGCAGUCACCAAAACAAAUAAGAGAUGGCUACAUAACAAACUUCUAGUCCAUGCGGUAAGUUUUUGAUUAUAACAUUAUUGUAAUAGUUGCAGUUGCUGAACGGACAGUAUUGUGUACCAUACCUUGAAUUAUCAACCCUGUUGUGUAUAGAAAUGGUCAAAUUUUAAAAGCAUGAAAUUCAUGCUGUAAAUGCUUGUUUCUGAAAAGCUAAUAUUUGCACAUAAUCUGAAGCUCUACAAAAACAAGUACUUUCAGCAUGAAUUUCAGAUCUUCACUAAAUUUUGACAGCAAUCAUAUUUUGAUUUAAUUACACAAAUCUGGCAAAGUACUGAAUGCACUAAACUAAAUACAAUUCUCAGCAAAUUCUGUUCACCCUCCAGUAUACUGACUUCAUACAUAACACAUUGUGGUUUUGCCUUUUAGAUGACGUACCAAAAAACUUCAGCAUUGUUGCAUGACAAUUUAUUUUCCAUCUUUUGUGUCUUAAAAUGAGCAGCAGUAUCAAGUCUACGUCACUGCACUGUGCUUCAUGAACCUCACAUAUUCUGCUUCAGACACAUGUAGAACAUGCACUCUUUCACUUCUAAUCCAGGCAGUGUGUUUAGGUGUUGUAAAAUGAAGGGAUAUCCCUGGAAAACACAGCUGCAUGGCAGCAUAUACUGCUCUACAAUAAUCCAAAUAUUGUAUCUUUUGAUAUUUACUUGUGCGAUGUUUCUAUAAAUAAAAAAAUAAGUUAAGGUUUUUCCUGCGUAUGACAGGGAAAAAAAAGAUUUUGUUUACAAUAUAGA